UUGUGUGUGUAAAGUUUAGAGAAAGUGCUGAAGAGAGAGGGGAAAGUAGAGGGCCGACACAGGAACUUUGGUCUGAAGUUUCCUUCGUCAUCAUUAUUAUCCUCAAAGUAUUCAUGAACAUUAAUUCAAGAUCCAACAAAAACACUUGUACUCAACCUCCCUUUAUUCUCUUUGUUUAUUGGUACAAGAAUUCACCGGAAUAAGUAACCCAAAAUUGGGUUCUUUUGAAAUUCUAUAGCUUAUUUUGUGAAAACUCUAUACAGAAAUGAAAUACCCCAAAAUGGUUUCUUAACAACUUAUAUCACUAGAUGUUUUUGUGAAAUUCAUAUACCCAAAAGGGAUUCUUGAGGACUGAUUUUCUGAAAAUUCAAAUACACAGAACUUGAUGAUUAGUUUAACUUUUGCUCAGCAGAGUAAAGAUUGCUGUUUGAGCUGACACGAGCAUUUACCAAAGAAACAUAUGUCGAGAGACUUUGUUCAAUCCACGACUAGGCUGUGUUCUGGGGGCAGAUUGUUUCCAAUUGUCAUAUGGAGCCUAGUAGGGUGCCUUAUUUUACUUCAGCUGUGCUCCUUUACUUAUCAAAGAAAUGUGCAAAGCGGCGGGACUCACUUAAGUAUAAGCCAGCAGACACAGUUUCGGGAGCUUGAAGAGGUUGAGAAGGAGAAUAUACAGCUUCCACCACCCAGGAAGCGAUCCCCACGUGCUGCCAAACGGAAGCCUAAAAGGCCAACGACCUUGAUUGAUGAAUUCCUAGACGAGUCUUCCCAGCUAAGGCAUGUGUUUUUCCCUGGUCAAAGAACUGUUGUGGAUCCUAGGAAGAACUAUGGGAAUGAUACCUAUUGCUACCGGCCAGGAAGAAUGUGGUUGGAUACUGAGGGAAACCCUAUACAAGCUCAUGGGGGAGGCAUUCUUUAUGAUUCAAGGACAAAAAUGUAUUAUUGGUAUGGAGAAUAUAAAGAUGGCCCCACUUACCAUGCUCACAAAAAAGGAGCAGCAAGGGUUGAUGUCAUUGGUGUCGGUUGCUAUUCAUCAAAAGAUUUGUGGACAUGGAAAAAUGAAGGCAUUGUUUUAGCAGCUGAAGAAAAAAAUGAGACACAUGAUUUACACAAAUCGAAUGUGCUAGAGAGGCCAAAAGUAAUUUACAAUGAGAAGACAGGUAAAUACCUAAUGUGGAUGCAUAUUGAUGAUGCGAACUACACUAAAGCUUCUGUAGGUGUUGCCAUUAGUGAUUUCCCCACUGGCCCCUUCAAUUAUUUGUAUAGCAAACGACCUCAUGGAUAUGAUAGUAGGGACAUGACACUCUUCAAAGAUGAUGAUGGCGUUGCAUAUCUUGUCUACUCAUCCGACAAAAACAGUGAGCUUCAUAUUGGUCCACUUAACAAAGAUUAUGUAGAUGUAACUGAGACAGUGAGAAGGAUUCUUGUCGGACAACACAGGGAAGCACCUGCUCUAUUUAAGCACCAAGGGACAUAUUACAUGAUCACGUCCGGCUGCACUAGUUGGUCUCCGAAUGAGGCCCUAGCUCAUGCAUCCGAAUCGAUUAUGGGGCCGUGGGAGACCAUUGGAAACCCAUGCAUUGGCGGGAACAAAAUAUUUCGGCUAACUACUUUCUUUGCUCAGAGUACAUUUGUGCUUCCAUUGCCCGGAAUACCUGGUCUCUUUAUUUUUAUGGCUGAUAGGUGGAAUCCGGCUGACUUGAGGGAUUCGAGGUAUGUGUGGUUACCAUUAACAGUGGGCAGGCCGUUAGACCGUCCUAUAGAGUACAAUUUUGGGUUCCCUUCGUGGUCUAGAGUGUCAAUAUAUUGGCAUAAGAAAUGGAGACUUCCUUAUAGGAGGUGAAAAAUGUAAAUAGGGGUUUUACACUCUGAUUUCUUUGUAAAAUAUGUUUUCUUUUCUUUUCUUUGUGUUUUUUAAUAUUCUUCCACAUCAUGUGUUGUAGUUAAUAUUGUUGAUUUUUGAAAAGAUCAUCAUAGGUGUAAGUAUGCAGAGGCUGGACCCAACAUUCAUUAUAUGUAAAUGUAAUGUACACUGUAAUUUCUUCAGCUGUAAUCAUUUUUUUCUGAGUGAAAGUGAAACCAGCUCCGUCAUUUGUU